AUGUCAUCCUGGUUCUCGCAAUUGAGCAGCACUGUUUCCAACAUUACGGGUGUCGGCUCCACCGUGGAAUCCAUUCGUACCGUUGCAGACACUGUCAAAGAUGGCCAAUAUUAUACUCCAUUGGAUGAGAAGGAUCUCGAUUGGACCUGUGCAUCUGGUUCUUCGACUGAAAACCAAGUUUUUUAUGUGACCACGAAGACUGGAGGAUUUGCUUUUGUGCAGCUUAUCUACUCGAGUAUUGGUAUCUGGAACCCCACCAUCUCGUUCACUUGCCGCUUCUACGAUCCUGCCACCAAGACCAAUGCAUUCAAGAAUAUCAACCAAGCCUAUCAAUUUGAGCUUUCUGAGGAUCGUCGUUCUGUCAAGACUGAAUUCUUCAAUAUCACAUUGGACCCCACUCAAUCGACUUACAAGGUGCAAAUCACACAUCCGGAUUUGGUGGUGUCGUUGGAGUUUACACGCAUCGACAAAGGUUUCAAGGUGGGCGAAGGUCGCACUUAUUUGGGUGGUGGUGACUUGAAUUCAGCGGCUGGUUUCGUUUCGCACAAAUUCUGGCCACGUGCUACUGCCAAGGGUACUUUUAUUGUCGACAAGGUGCUCCAUGAAGUCGAAGGCGAUGGCAUGUUCAUCCACGCUAUUCAAGGCAUGCAACCCCAGCUUAUUGCCUCCAAUUGGAACUUUUGCAACUUCCAAGGCACCGAUGCCUCCCUUUCCAUGAUGCAAUUCCAAACCACAAAGCAAUAUGGUGCUGUCAACAUCAAUCAAGGUUCCAUUGUCUUGCGUGAAAAGCUCAUUUCAGUAUCGGUCGAGAACCAUGUCGAGUUAUUGGAUUUGGUCAAGGAUGAAGAAACAGAGUAUGACAUUCCUCAAAAGAUCAAGCUCACCUGGAAGGGCAAAACCAUCAAGGAAUCAGAAGAUGAAGAACCAAAGGAUGUCUCCGUGGUCAUGAUUGUCUCCGUCAAGAACUUGAUUGAUAAGAUCGAUGUGCUCAAUGAAAUCCCAUGGUUCCUCAAAAAGCUCGUCCAGCGAUUCGUUGUCAAGCCCUACAUCUAUCAAUGGUUAGACAAAGCCACCGCCGAAAUUACCGUGGGCGAUGAGAAAGUAGAGGUGGAGGGUCAAUGUUUCCAAGAGCUUGUUUUCGUGUCUGGUUUCUAG